GCUGCUAUUUUACAGGGGAGUUAUCUUGAACACAUUCGUUUUCUGGGACGAAUGUUAGGAAAGGUUAGUCCCAGUUUGUUUCUAAUCACUUUUUGUGGUUUUCAUAAGUUUAACUUGAUUAUUUGUGUGUUUGUUUCAAUUUUUUUUUAUUUGGUUGUUUUUGUUAUUAUUUUGGAGCACUUUUGGUGUUGUCUUCCCUAAGCUUUUUAUUUGAUUCAACCCGGCCCAAAGGACUUAUACUUACGCUAUGGCUUCGUUUACAAGAGUUACACAAAACUGAUCAAGUAUGGGAGACGAGCGAUGAAUUCCAUCAAAGUUCUUUGUCAUCGCUUCCUUUGACGUUAAGCAAUGAUUAGCACAAUUUUCAUUGUGCUAAUCAUUGCAUUUAAAAAUGAUUUAGUUGGAGUAAUUGUUUGUUCCCCGUAAUCUGAUUGGUUAAUUUUAUCUGAGUGACUCUGAUAGUGAAAGUGGCACAGGAAACCCAAAUACUCAAUAACAGCAAACCACAUUCUUUUCACUUUUCUCCAAUGACUCCAAAAGUCUGAUCGAGUAAAGCGAUUUGUUGAGAAUCACAAGAGUGCUUACUAAGAAUUAUUCUAUGACUUAUCGCACUGCGAGAUGUCAGUAUUUUGUGAUUGGUUUAUUUAUUUGUUUGUUUAUUUAGGCGUUGUAUGAGAACAUGUCGGUGGAGCUACCAUUCGCGAGCUUCUUUCUGUGUAAACUUCUCAGUAAGCACGGUACCGAUGUAGAUAUACAUCACUUGGAGUCCCUUGAUCCAGAAUUGUACAGGUAAGGUUUAUGUUGAACGGACAAUUGACACAGAGCCUUAGUUAGUUUGUGUAGCAAGGAAAAGGCGAGGAUGAUAGUUGAAAUUAUCGUUGAAACUAAGAUCUAGUUCACGCACGAUUUCUUGUUAAAAUUCAAGAUCUUAGUCACAAUCAUAAAAUGUCUAGAAAGCUAAACAAGAGGCAUUUUAAGGUGGAAUAACUUGAUGUGUAACGUAAAAUAAAUAGAGCUGUUGGAGAAAGCCUACCUCUAUAUUGACUUAACCAUUUCACUCCCAGUUCUCAGUAGUUGUUCACAUUACUGUCCGUUAUAUAAUUCUGUUACUAUAUAAUUCUGUUAAUAAUGUUAUGUAGGAGAAUUUGUCUUAUUCUCAUCACUUGUCUGCUUUAUAAUGUAGUGAUGUUGUGAGGAGAAAUUUGUCUUGAUGAUCCAUUGGAGUUGAUUUGAGUGCCUUGGAAGUUAGAGACUGACGUUUCUACAGUUUCUUAUGGUGUAAGGAAAGGGAAAUAUUUAUGUAUUCUUUAAAUUUCUUUUCUUUUAGAAACUUGCUGUCUCUUAAAAAUAACAGUGAAAAUGUUGAAGAACUGUCACUAAAUUUCACAGUGGUAAAUAAUGACCUUGGAGAAAGCCAGGUAAUUCGAGUGGCUAGCUUUCACAUCAUUCUUUACUCUCCUGAAACCCCCCUUCCCUUCCCUCCUUCCAAAUUUAAAUACGACGCUGGUUUACCCCAUCCCUUCUACCCAUGCCUCUGAGGCCAUUAUCUCUCGUUGCUUUACAGGUUGUGGAGUUAAAACCAGGUGGUCGAGAUACUCCCGUUACCAACAGCAACAAAAUCAGCUACAUACAUCUUGUGGCCGAUUACAGGCUGAACAAACAGGUCAGUCCGAGAAGUCCCUCUCUCCUACUUGUUCAUUUUAUUUUGUUAUCAAAAACGGUGGCUUGUUUUACACCCAUAUUUUGUUAUGAUGGUAUUUUACUUGGCUUGAUUUUAGCAACCUUGAGAUGUUAAUGUAAUCUCUCAGUUUUAAUGUGAUUUAGAUUCAUCGUCACUGUGUAGCAUUCAGGGCAGGCCUGUCAGAUGUCAUCAACCUGGACUGGUUAAGAAUGUUUGAUCACAACGAACUGCAGGUGAUUUUCCCUUUUUUUCGGUUAAGAAGAAUGUGGCGAGAUUUUGUCAGAGAAUUCUGUGAAACCAUGCACUAUAUUUGAGUAUUUUGUUUUCUUCUUUGCAUCAAGCUACCUUCCAAUUUUUUAAUUAAAAAAAAAAUUAUUAUUAUUAUUAUUAUUAUUAUUAUUAUUAUUAUUAUCUUGUAGGUUCUUUUAUCCGGUUCCCUAGUUCCAGUAGACCUGGAGGAUCUUAAAAGAAACAUCAAGUAUUCAGGUACAAGACUGUUGGAUGGUAAUGUUAACUGGUGAUAGUUACGUAAAGUUACUCUGAGAUCUCACUGGUUCGUUAUGUUUCUUCGCUAAGAUCGGCUGUCACAACAUGAAGGGUUAUUGACAAAAGGACACGUUAGAGUCAUCGUUUUCGAUGUGAAAAUUUCCCUAGAAUAUCACAUUAUAUGAUAAGUUGGACAAACAACCAACUGAAAAGACUAAAUGAAAACGGAAGGAGGAAAGUUAAAGGUGGAGAAGAUUUACACGAGUUUUAAUGACCGCCCUGAGAAAGAUUGCAGGUAAAUUCUCAAGAUGCUCAAGCAGCGACGUAGAUCGUUUGUUACGAUAUUAACAACUCUUAAACGUUUCAGGUGGCUUUACGGAAGAUCAUCCCUGUAUACUUUCAUUUUGGCGAGUUGUCGGUCAGUUCACGGAUACACAGAAGCGUCAGCUGUUGAAAUUCGUAACGAGCUGUUCGCGUCCUCCUCUCCUCGGUUUUAAGGUCAGCUGAGUCUCUUGUUCCCUACACUUACAUAUGUGGCAUGGGCAGGGGUCCAUCCUCCAUCAAGUUGUGAAGUAAAUAAAGAGUACCUUGAUUCCAUCCUCGUCUUUCCUUUACAUUUCUUGUCGAGAGGAACAGGGAUGACGCGGUGUGAAAGCGCUUGCCUUUCACCGCUGAAGCCUGGGUUCGAUUCUCGGAGUUAGCAUCAUUGUUGUGAACUCUCUUUCAUGUUGCAAGGGUUUGUCUCCAGUUUUCUUUCCAGAAAAAGAGAGCAACACUCUACGUUACACUUGGAAGUGGAAACAGUGGAUGAGAAGAACCAUUUCGUGAAUCUGUCUCUGCUAAAAUGUAACGUCUAUUUAGUUCAUUUUUAUUUUUUUAAAAUUUAUUAUUUUCUCGUUAUCCUUCAGGAACUCGACCCUUCCUUCUGUGUGUGCAGCGCGGGGCCUGAGGAUAGACUCCCGUCAGCUAGCACAUGUGUGAACUUACUUAAGUUACCAGAGUAUUUGGACGAUGAAACCAUGAGAGAGAAACUGUUGUAUGCUGUACAAUCAGGCGCAGGAUUUGAGCUGAGCUAAAAAGUGUCGUCACUCAGCGAACGCGAAUAUCAAUGGAAAUGAAUAUUAUCAGUAUCGACGAUUAUGUCAGUGAUACUGAACUCAAAGUCUUGAACAUGCAAUGCCGCGAGCGAUGCAAACAACAAGGCUUCAAUUUGGAUUAUGGCUGCUAAAAUAGUGAAAAAUCCGUAUCGCUUACAAACAGUGACGUUCAAACUUUCCUAGGGAAAGAAAACCAAAAGACGAAAAAAAAACCGAAAGUUACGUUUUCAGUGACCUUGAUAAUGGCAUGUUUUCAUCGUGGGUGCGCCAACGCGCUUUACGAUUUUUGUUCACUAAUUAAUAAAGUCGACUUUUCUGGUC